AUGACAUUUUGCCGUUUUUGUGCGGUCGCUUCGUCGCAACAACCGCUGGCGACUCCUGAAACUCUACCACAACCGCCAUCCGAGCAACCUGUGUUUUGUGAAACACCAUUGCCAACGCCGUCUUUAGACGGUUCGCCAAAGAGUUACAGUCCGAAAAUAACUUCAUUAGUUGACCAAAUUUCCAGUUUGACUCUAUUGGAAGUAGCAGAUUUGAAUGAGUUGCUGAAAACUACGCUAGGGUUACCGGACAUAUCGAUGGCAGCACCAGUUGGCGCGGGACCCGUUGCACCGGGCGGCGCAGACAAUGCAAUAGCGGAAGGGGCGGCGACUGAAGAAAAGGGAGAGAAAUUAGUUUUCAAUGUAAAGCUGGUCAAGUUUGACGCAGAAAAUAAAGUGAAGUUAAUUAAGGAGAUGAAAUCUUUAAUUGAAGGUAUGAAUUUAGUGCAAGCUAAAAAGUUCGUGGAAGGUGCGCCACAGAUGAUAAUGAGCGAUAUUCCGAAGGAUAAAGCAGAGUCGAUUAAGAAGAGAGUAGAAGCAGCGGGCGGAACAGUAGAGAUAGAUUGA